AUCUCUUCCCAUCAGGUCGGGAACCCGUCGAUCCCAUCAGGUCACAAGCUUGUAGCUACUUGCAGGCUGCAGGGAAUCUAGGGUGGUGAAGGUGGGCGGCAAGGCCAUUUUUAUCAGAUUUCUGAUUUGAUGGUUAAUUACAACAAAUCAGAAAUUUUCUGCUGUGGGCUAUCAGUGACAGAAAUACUGCAGCUGGUUGACAGAGUUGGUUUUAAGCUUGGUACCUUGCCAGUAAGGUACCUUGGAGUGCCCCUUAUUACAGGAAAGCUCACAUAUAAGGAUCUGCGGCCUUUGAUUGAAAAAAUCACUAACAAGCUGACUUCCUGGACAGCUGAAUACCUCACUUUUGCUGGCGGACUACAGCUUAUAGCUUCUGUGAUACAUGGCAUUUCAACAUUUUGUGCUAAGGGUGAAAAAGUUAAUUGGACAGCUAUCUGCCUUCCAAAACAAGGAGGAUUAGGUCUUAAGAGCUUGGUGCAGUGGAAUAAGGUCUGUAUGCUGAGAUUUAUCUGGUUACUGUUCUCUACAGCAGGCUCUAUCUGGGUUGCAUGGGUUUGUGAGUAUUUACUUAAGGGGAAAAGUUUCUGGGCCAUUAACAUGCCAUCUGAUGCAACCUGGGGAUGGAGGAAGCUACUUAAUCUCAGGGCACCAGCCAGAAAAUUAAUUCAACAUAUCCCUGGAGAUGGCAAGGAUAUUGAUAUUUGGCAUGACAACUGGCACCCAUCUGGGCCACUGAUAGAAGUUUAUGGGCAGAGGAUUGUUAGAGAUGCAAGUAUACCACCUGAUGCAAAAUUGUCAGUUGUGAUAAGUGGUAAUUACUGGUGUUGGCCUCCAGCACCGUCACCUCAGCUAGUGCAAAUUCAGAUUGAACUAUUUGACAAGCUAGAUCCUGACAAGCUAUAUCCUAAGGAGGGGGCAAUGGAUUCGGUAAUUUGGAUUCCUUCUGCAUCUGGAAAAUUCAAGACAGGGGCAACUUGGAAUUGGAUUAGAGAAAGGCAGGGGAAACAACAAUGGCACAAGCUGAUUUGGUUCCUUGACACAAUUCUUAAGCACAGCUUUAUAAGUUGGCUGGCUGUUCUUAACAGACUCACCACCAAAGCUCAUCAAAAGCAAUGGACACACGAUUUGGAUGAUACUUGUGUUUUAUGCAAAAAUGAGUCCAAGACAAAUGUACACAUGUUCUUUAAGUGCAGCUUUUCAAAGGGCAUCUGGCAGGAGCUCAGCCACAUGACAGAUAUCCCUCUGAUGGACUCAUGGCAAGGUUUAUUAGCUUGGUUGGGUGGGAAGGUUAGAAGGAAGUCGUUACAUUGCACUGUAAUCAAAUUAUCUUGGAAUGCGGCUGUCUAUCAUAUAUGAAUGGAAAGAAAUAGAAGAUUACGCCAGAAACAAUUCAAAAGUGAGGCAGCAGUACUUGCAGCAAUCCAGUUUGAAGUUAAGGGUAAGAUCUUAGGAUUUGCUAAGCCAGGUUCAUCUCUUAUACCUAGAGCUAUUUCACGGAAAUGGGGGCUUGAUUUUGUUGUAAAAUGUCAGCUAGUUUUGAUCAGGUUAGUUUUUGACAGGAUUAGUUUUUACAUUGUGUUUACGUAGCUAGUAGCAGCUGUUAGUUUUGCUGCUUUGAUGUACUCUAGUAUUUUUCUGGAUAAAUAAAGAUUUACAUUUUAU